CGCGCACAAACAGUUAGCAGCAGCCGCGGUUCAGAGUCCGUUGUUGCGCGUGUUGUUUUGUUUUGUUUUAAAUUUAAUCUGACAGAAAAAAAGGACCAUAUUUCAGUCAGGUAUUAAGAAUUAAGAGCAUAGUAAAGACGUGUUAACUUCGUUGUAGGUUUAAAUAUCACUUGUGUUGUAAAGGAAAGACAAAAAGUGCAGACAUGUUUGAGGCCCGACUGGUUCAAGGCUCCAUCCUGAAGAAGGUUCUGGAAGCUCUGAAGGAUUUGAUCACUGAGGCGUGCUGGGAUGUGAGCUCGUCUGGGAUCUCUCUACAGAGCAUGGACUCGUCUCACGUGUCUCUGGUGCAGCUCACACUGCGCAGUGACGGCUUCGACUCGUACCGCUGUGACAGGAACCUCGCCAUGGGGGUGAACCUCAGCAGUAUGUCCAAGAUCCUGAAGUGUGCUGGGAACGAAGACAUCAUUACGCUGAGAGCGGAGGACAAUGCAGACUCUCUGGCUCUGGUUUUCGAGACUCUCAAUCAGGAGAAAGUCUCAGAUUAUGAGAUGAAGUUGAUGGACUUGGAUGUGGAGCAGCUUGGAAUUCCAGAGCAAGAGUACAGCUGUGUAGUGAAGAUGCCCUCUGGUGAAUUUGCCCGAAUUUGCAGGGAUCUGUCCCAGAUUGGAGAUGCAGUAAUGAUCUCUUGUGCUAAAGACGGGGUGAAGUUUUCUGCCAGUGGUGAACUGGGAACCGGAAAUAUAAAACUCUCCCAAACCAGCAACGUGGACAAAGAGGAUGAGGCUGUGACAAUUGAGAUGAAUGAACCUGUCCAGCUCAUUUUUGCUCUGAACUACUUGAACUUCUUCACCAAGGCUACUCCUCUAUCCAAGACAGUCACACUCAGCAUGUCAGCAGAUAUUCCACUUGUCGUGGAGUACAAGAUUGCAGACAUGGGUCACAUCAAGUACUAUCUAGCUCCUAAAAUCGAUGAGGAGUCAUCCUGAAUUCUCACAUCAUCCACUUAAACCCCAGCUAUGCCUGCAUAACUGGUACAUAUUGCCAGUUCCGUUGCUCACAAAUCAAGGAACAAACACAACAGACUAUCCAAACAGUAUCCCAACAGUUGUGCGCACCAAACUUCAGUCUUGUUUUUUUGUCCUGUCACCCCGUUGCUUAUUGAUUCUCAUGCCGAUCUGCCUCUCUAAGCACUAGCGGUUUGUCCAUCCUCAUUCGAAUACUUUUGUAGAUAAAAAUAUCUGUAAAUAUACCAAUUUGGUCCUUUCAUUCUGUUACCCUCUAAUAAACAUUUUGUAAUGUGUAAA